AUGUGGGCCAGCGUUCUUCGGUUCUUACCAAAGCAUAAGGGAAACUUAGGUCGUUGUAUGUCCGUGAGAGCCAGCGUCUUGCGUUCUGAGCAUACGGCUCCGUUUUGGGAAGCACCAUUGAGCAGGGCGUUGCCGCUGUACCAGGAGGGUUUCCUGCCCCGAACGGCUUCUGUGAGCCAAGCCGAGCCGACGCGCACCGAAACUGCACCCGUGCGCUUUCAGAUGGCGCCAAGUGGAGCGGGGGACUCGUUGGUUUUUUUGCAUGAAACAUCGUCGGUACGUGGUGCUCUCGAAGAGAUGGUGCACCGGAAUACCGCCUUUGUUCUCGUUGUGGGCGACCCCUUUAACCGGUCAUCGCCAAAGGCGGACGUUCCUGCGUCAACUUCGGAUAUUGUGCGCAUCUCCAGCGAAGCUGAGGGUGAUGAUCAGCGCGUUGAUACCGAGCAUGCUGCCGUGAUCGGGUUGUUCACAGAGCGCGACCUCUUGCGCUGCCUGGCGGACGCCGUCGCGGAGCAGCGCACCGGCGAAGCUGCAGCGCUCUCAUUCCGUCUGCGGAAGGCGAUGAGUCCGCUUUACGAUCGGUUUGGGACGCUAAAAGUGUCAUCAAAUACCAUAUAUGAUGCUGUUAUGGUCAUGCGGGAACGGAACAUUCAAACCAUACCCAUCAUUCGCGAGGAGGAGCACGAAGAGGACUACAUCUUGCCGGGGGGUCAUCCAGCAGCGGGCGAGAGCGCUUCCAGCAGCUACACCCUGGCAUUGCCACCUCGAUCGUUUUGUGGCGUUCUGACAGCACGCGAUGUGGCUCGCUUCUUCCUCGCCCAAGAUGCUAGCGUCCAAGAUGCAGUCUGUAGCCUGGAGACGUCGACUGACGCUGGCGUCAGAGCAUCGCGAUCGACACGUCCGAUGCUUCUGCGUCAUCUCUUGUCUUGGCGCCUGCGUCGACUCUUUGAAGGCGCUCGACCUUUAAGUGAUACUUUCCUCGAAGAAGACAUCGUCGUGUACGAAUCCGAGCAUUACAGGGUGGUUUCAGUCCCUCGCUCGGCAUCAGUGCGGGACGCGAUCGCGGUCAUGGCACAGCACGAUGUUCGUACGCUUCUGAUUAGUGAGGACGCUAGUUCCGGCUUCGAUGCAGCCGGACCCUAUCCCAGUAUUUACGGUGUCAUUACGUUGCGAGAUCUCAUGAGGCAGGUCUUCUAUCCACGAAGAAAUCCGCUGGCGCUCAGCAUGCAGACUCUCUUUCGUGAGCGCUGGACAGCGGCAGGGGUAUCGAGGCCGCAACUCGCAGCCGAGGAGCGCAAGUACGGAAUCUCACCUGAUGAUGAAGUGGCGCAUGCGCUGCGCUUGGUCGGUGGUAUGAACGAGCGGCACAUCCCAGUGUACGUCUACAAUGACGCUGAUCAGACGAGCAACUGCGUCGCGAUGGUGAGCGUCAAGGAGAUGCUGUCGGGUGUCCAUGCGGCAGAGCAGCGGCGGCGCGGGCAACGGUACUAA